AUGACAAUAUGGACUGUGCACCUGCAAAGCACAGUCAGAUCAUUGUCUAAAAGUGUGGAUUUAAGCCUGGAGAAAUCUGAAUCCAAGCCUUGGAUUGUAGACUGGUUGAAGUGGGAGAUACCAGGGAGGUGGCCUGUCCAACAGGUAUGGCGGAAUGAUUGGUUCAGAGAUGCCCCAUUCUGGUUCCCUGAGGAGCUGAGGAAGAAUGGCUUGGACGAUGUGGGCAUUCAGUCUGUGAACGCGAGAGGGGAAAAGGAAGCUCCCCUCAUAGUCUUCAUAACUUCUGACUGGCCCUUUCAAAAUCAUAUUUUUGGGAAAUCCUACCUGAAAGAAUUUGUCCAGGCUGGGACAAUGACUGCACUUAUCACCAGCUAUUUCUAG